GCAGCAGUGCAGGGAGGAUGGCGACGUUCGCGCCGUAUUGACGUGAGCAUCUUGAAGGUGCUCAACACGAGUGGCUGUGUUUCCGGCGUACGAGCGGUUGAAAGAGACGGCGGCGACAGUGCGACGAGGACAGCUCGUUCAUAUGAUUAUGCCACCAGCCCACCACACAGCGGCAUGCCAUUCUCACCGUGAGUCCGUGGAACACCGUCGCACGCACGCAACAAGGUCUACCAUGGACAAGAAGAGGGUGGCCAUCGUCGGCGCUGGCCUGAGCGGCCUAGCGGCGUGCAAGCACCUGCUGGAGCGCGGCUGCCGGCCGGCCGUCUUCGAGGCGGACACCGUCCUCGGCGGCGUGUGGGCGCACGCGCCGGAGUGCACCAGGCUCCAGACGCCGCGGCCCAUGUUCCAGUACUCCGACUUCCCGUGGCCGGAGUCCGUCACGGAGGUGUUCCCGGACCACCGCCAGGUCGCCGACUACCUCGACGCCUACGCGCGCCGCUUCGGCGUGCUUGACUGCAUCAGGUUCGGCCGCAGGGUGGUCGGGAUGGAGUACGUGGGCGUCGACGAGGAGGAGAUGGCGGCGUGGGGGGACUGGGCUGGGUGCGGCGAGGCGUUUGGUUCCGGGGACGGAGAGUGGCUGCUCACGGUGGCCGAUGCCGACGGCCUCGUGGAGGUACACAAGGCAGACUUUGCGAUCCUUUGUGUUGGGAGGUUCAGUGGUGUGCCCAACAUACCUACAUUUCCUGUUGGCAAAGGCCCAGAAGUGUUUGACGGGAAAGUUGUCCACUCCACGGAGUACUCACAAAUGGGAGGCAAAAAUGCUAGAGAUAUGAUCAAGGACAAGCGUGUCACUGUUAUUGGCUACCUGAGAUCGGCAGUAGACAUUGCAAAUGAAUGUGCCAACGUGAAUGGUACCGAAAAACCAUGCACGAUGAUAGUACGAACAAAGAGUUGGAUCAUACCAGACUACUAUGCUUGGGGCGUCCACAUAUCAAAUUUCUAUCUCACCCGUUUUGCCGAGCUACUUAUUCACAAGCCUGGUGAAGGCUUUCUCCUCAACAUGUUGGCUACUGUCUUGACUCCACUGAGGUUUAUUUUCUCGAAGUUUGUUGAGAGCUACUACUCAAUUCCAAUGAGGAAGCAUGACAUGGUGCCUGACCAUAGCUUCUUUGAGGGACUAGUGGCAUGCGUGGCUGCCAUUGCACCGAAGGAUCAUUACAAGAAUAUUGAGGAAGGUAGCAUCAUCCUUAAGAAGUCAAAGACAUUCAGCUUUUGUGAAGAAGGUGUGCAUGUUGAAGGUGAAUGCACUCCAGUAAAGAGUGACAUCGUUAUCUUCGGAACCGGAUUUAAGGGUGACCAAAAGAUCAAGGACAUGUUCACUUCAAAGUACUUCCAGAGUAGAGUCGUUGGCUCAACAUCAAUGACUGUGCCACUUUAUAGGGAGUGCAUCCAUCCUAAGAUUCCACAACUCGCAGUCAUCGGCUAUUCAGAGAGCUUGACAAAUAUAUAUACAACAGAACUUAUGGCCAAGUGGAUAUCCCAUUUUAUGGAUGGUGGUUUCAGAUUGCCAAGUGUCAGGGAAAUGCAAAGGGAUAUCCUUGAAUGGGAGAAGUUUAUGAAGCGCUACUCUCGAGACUAUUUCCGUAGAUCAUGCAUUGGAAUUGUUCAUAUUUGGUACAAUGAUCAACUAUGCCAGGACAUGGGAUGCAACCCGAAAAGGAAGAACGGAUUUUUCUCUGAACUAUUUGAACCUUAUGGUCCUUGUGAUUAUGUUAAUCUUCACCCAAAGUAACAGUAGAUCAUAUGUUUGCACUUCUAUAGAUGUUAUCAACCAGAUCUAUCGUGUUUACA